CAGCCAAGAGGUGCCUGCUCGUACUUCGGCAGCCAUUUUGACUCGAGCGAUCCCCCCUGGUGACCUCGCGGCCCAGACACGGUUGCCCGUGGCGCCCCCGUCUCAAAACCAUGCGCUACGGCGGAGCCUUCGGCUCAGGCUAUGGCGGCGGCGGCGCGCUUGGCGCCCACGGCGCCUAUGGCGGCGGCGCCUACGGCGGUGGCGCGUACGGCAGCGGCGGUGGCGCGCUCGGCACGCUCGGCGCCGGCAGCGGCGCGCACGGCGGCCCGCUCGGCUACGGCGCCGGGUACGCGGGCGGCGGUGCGCUCGGCCACGGCGCAGGGCACGGGCAGGCGGAUUGCUGCACGGCCACCGCCGUCUCUUGCUGCGGUGCUGGCCCAGGCGGUGCCGCCGGCGACGCCUGCGGCGGUGGCGGCGGGACAAUCCUGUCGUACGUGGGGCCCGGGGGCGAUUACGUCCAGGAGACGACCUACAGGUACGUGGGGGCCGGCGCCGGCGAGUUCGGCGUCCUCCGCAUCCCCCGCGCGGGGCCCAAUUGCUGCUGCGUGGUGGUCCCGUUGCUGCUGGUUCCCCUGCUGCUGCUCCCGCUGCUCUUGUUCUCCCUCGCCCCGGGAAGCACCACGACCACGACCACGACGACUGUGAGGACGACCUUCCCGCCGUUGCUCGACCGACCGACCCCUCCGCCAGAUGCGCCGACGACGACGACCGAGAAGACGACGACGACCAGGCCGCCGCCACCGCCUCCGCCGCCGCUGCCCCCGCCGCCCCCGCCCCCGCCGCCCCCGCCUCCGCCGCCGACGACCACCCAGAAGAGGAUCAAUUGUGCCGAGGGUGCCCCGGAGUCUUGGGACGUGGCCAAGAAGGUGCAGUGCUGCCUGAUGGAGAACAAGGGGUGCCCGACCACGUCCACCUCGCCCUGCCCCAUCGACUGCAACGCCGGCUACAAUGACCUUGACCCGCUGCAGUGGGUGCGCGGGUGGUCCGGCCAGAAGAAGCUGUAUUGCUGCAAGACGGCGAACAGAGGCUGUCCCUCGGAGCUGCCGCCCCCGUCGGGCGCGCCGCCAUCGGGCCUGCCGCCCGCGCCCGACACGAGCGUCUACGACUGCGACGCGGGAUACCACCACUGCAUGCACUGCCUGGAGCUGUCGUGGUCCCCCCCGAAGAUCAACUAUUGCUGCAGGAACUUCCACAAGGGGUGCAGGGGCGAGGAGCCAGCGUGAAAGGGCCGCAGGGUCUAAGAGGGCAGCGCUGUAGUGGCCGCAGGGGGAUCGAAGAGGAGAGCGAGGUGAAUGAGAGGGAUGGCGUAGGCUGGGGAGUGCGCAAACGGGUGUCAGAUUCUUGCCAGCACCCGUGUCACGGCCGAGGAAUCAUUUUUGGUGUUGUUGCGGCUCUCCGUGGCAAAGAUACCGGAGAGCGCAGAAAUCGGGAUCACGUUCGUGAUCACGAACAUAAGAAUUGUACAUAUUUCUUCAUCAGCGAUCUUCUAGAUCCUCACGAUCCUCGCCCUUUCGCUGCCGCUUCCUGUUUUUUGUAAACCAUUGACGCAAGGAGAACCAGCCAACAUUGUGAAGUGUGUUUCUGCGUGUUGGUGCAAGCAUUGCACACCUUGUCCAAGCACAGUUGCCUUCACAACGCGAUGCCGGAGACUCAAACAGCUCCCUCGAGACGGCUUUCCGCGACAUUCGCGACGUCGUCUCAGAUGGUUGAUCGUGCCAAAGCAUGUUGCCAACAAGCAAGAAAGUUAUUGUCAUGAUCCUGUCGAUCGCCGAUUGGAUUCGGCCACUUGUGAGAGAUUGUGCAAGAUAUUUCUGUUCCUCGGCAUCGCUUCCAAAUCGACUCAGCAAUGCAGCUGACGCCCGACACGUCGCCAGAGCUGACUCAAAUAUCAAUCGUCGAGUCAGGUUAUGUCCACUUGGAUCGUUUGUUUGGGAUGAUCUCGCGGGCCGCUCGAAUUCCGUCCCCCUUUGGUAUAGUAGGAGAACCGUUACCGGCUGAGAAUCCAUCGCACGUUUGCGUUGCAUCACGUUUGUUGCGCGAUGUCAGUUUGGAAUGUGUGUGAUAAAGUGCCUCAUGUCUGCCCGGGGGAGAGUGCAGGAUUGUUCAAGCCUCUCUACGAGAGCCCCAGAACAGUCUCAAGACGAUUCAAGGCGGCUCCGAUAUAGUACAUGACGGAUCCGAGAUAGUGGUUUGUUUUAGGCAGCCCAACACGCCCCAAAGAGAGUUUUGGUAUGAGCCUAAAAGGGCGCAUGUGUUCUCUUUUUCAAAAGGACCAGAUGGCGGCCUAGCGGACACCGAGGCAGUCGAGACAGCGUCAAGAGCGCCAGCCGACGUGAUAGACAUAUCGGGUAAUAUGUCGGCAGCUCCUCCCCGUCAUUCCGUUGAAGAACCAUGCGAAGUGGCGGCGGGGUGGACUGCGU